AUGGCAGACAGUUUUUCGCUUAAUGAUGCGGUGUCUGGGUCUGCGAACCCCAACCCUCAAGGAUGGCCUGCCUCUUGGGGAAACCAGCCUGCUGGGGGCGGGAGCUACCCAGGUGCCUGCUAUCCUGGGGCCUACCCUGGGCAGGCACCUCCUGGAGCUUACCCCGGACAGGCACCUCCUUGCACUUAUCCUGGCCAGGCACCUCCUGGCGCCUACCCUGGCCAGGCACCUCCGGGGGCUGCCUACCCUGGCCCAACUGCCCCUGGAGCUUAUCCUGGCCCAACUGCCCCUGGAGCCUACCCAGGGCAACCAAGCGGACCCGGGGCCUACCCGCCUCCUGGACAGCCAAGUGCUCCCGGAGCCUACCCUGCUGCCGGUCCCUUUGGCACCCCUGCUGGACCACUGACUGUGCCUUAUGACCUGCCUUUGCCUGGAGUCAUGCCUCGCAUGCUGAUAACAAUUAUGGGCACAGUAAAGCCCAAUGCAAACAGAAUUGCUUUAGAUUUCAAGAGAGGAAAUGAUGUUGCCUUCCACUUUAACCCACGCUUCAAUGAGGACAACAGGAGAGUCAUUGUUUGCAAUACAAAGCAGGGUAAUAUGUGGGGAAAGGAAGAACGACAGAGUAAUUUCCCAUUUGAGAGUGGCAAACCAUUCAAAAUUCAAGUGCUGGCUGAAGCUGACCACUACAAGGUUGCCGUCAAUGAUUCUCAUUUGUUGCAGUACAACCACCGGAUGAAAAAUCUCAAUGAGAUCACCAAGCUGGGCAUUUCUGGUGACAUAGACCUCACCAGUGCUACACAUGCUAUGAUAUAA